AAAAUACACGCCCCGCCAAUAACAACUAAACCCGUUUACUUCCUGGUUGAGGAGUACAGGCUCUUCUGGUUGGGCGCCACGGAACGAAAGCAGCGUUUUGAUUGGACCACGACAGGUAGCUGCUGAAGGGGGGGAAAUCCUACCAGAUCCUCGAUUAGAAUUGAAUCUAAACUAAUCGAUUGCCUGUUUCUGGAUGAAGAGGCGUUACAAACGAGGAAAAUGUAGUAAACGUUAACAAAGUCUCUGGUGAUUUAUCAACCUACACAUCGUUUCAUUGCGCUAUGGAAUCAUUACCUUGGCCUCAAGGAAGAAAACUAGUUCAUCUAGAUUUGAAAGGUGCACCACCAAGAGUAGAGUUCCUUCACCAGUUGAUAGAAUGUUUCUCCCUUCUUGGUGCUGAUGGUCUGCUGGUGGAAUAUGAAGACAUGUUCCCAUAUGAAGGGGACUUGAAGCUGCUGCAAAGCACAGCACAGCCAGUCUACAGCCCAGAUGAGGUGUUAUCCCUGCAGGCGUUUGCUGCUGCUAAAGGAAUGGAGGUCAUUCCUCUGGUGCAGACAUUUGGCCACAUGGAGUUUGUGCUGAAGCACAAGUCUCUUGCGGAGCUCAGAGAGAUGCCUCACUGUGUUGGAACUCUUAAUCCACAUAAAGAGGAAAGUCUGAGGCUUGUAAUGGAGAUGUUGAGGCAGGUGGUGGCACUGCAUCCUGGGCUAAACACGCUGCACAUCGGAGCAGAUGAGGUUUACAUGUUAGGUGAAGGUGAGAUGUCCAAGCAGUGGCUGGCUUCACAAGGUCUCUCAGUAGAGCAGCUUUUCCUCAGUCAUGUGACCAAGGUGGCAAAGGCCAUCAAGGAGACAUGGCCUCAUCUGAACAUUGUGAUGUGGGAUGAUAUGAUGAGAGGGAUGAGUCAGGAGAUGCUGACAGCCAGUGGACUUGUGGGGCUCGUCCAGCCCAUGUUGUGGGAUUACACUCCUGAUCUGGAUGUAGAAAAAACAGUGUCUAUGCUGGAAAAGUACCACGCUGCUGGUAUGUCAGAGUUAUGGGCUGCCAGCUCUUUUAAGGGUUCAACUAGUGUUGUGACAAAUGUGCCAAGGACUCAGAGGCAUGUGGAGAACCAUUUGCAGUGGUUAAAAGUGGCAACGUCGAUUUCAUCUGGUAUAAAUCUAAAGGGCAUCGCCAUAACUGGGUGGCAGAGGUAUGACCAUCUCUCUGUGCUGUGCGAGUUGAUACCAGUGGCACUUCCAUCUCUAGCUGCUUGUCUUCAAACUCUAAUUCACGGCCAACUGAGCGCAGAGGCUGAAGGUCAGGUGACUAAACUGCUGGGCGUGCCCUCAGUGGAGGUGGAGGCCAUGGGCAGUGUUUCAAGUGCUGGCCCCUCAUUCCCUGGAAGGAAGUUGGCUGAGUCCAUCCUGGAGCUGAACACAUUGCUGGACACGGAGGACAUACGUUUUUUCGAGAACAGCAUGUUUGUGAGAGGAUGGUUGAGUCAUCAUCACAGGGAGAAGAAGAUGGUUAACCCUCUCAUGGGCGUGCAAAUUCACAACCAGGCAUCAAUGUAUUUGACUACAUUGCAAGAGAAAGCUGAAGCAGUCAGAGAAGAGAUGGUUCGCCUGUAUCCAGAGGCAACAGCGCAGGAGUGGUUGGAGGAGCAUGUUCGACCUGUGACGGCGCCGCUGAAGAGGAUUUUGGAUGAUGUUGCUGUGUGUGUCAAGGACAUGGUUUCAUAGAGUGUGGAACACGGCCUAAUUGACGACUCACGUGUGGCUUUAAAAGAAUUGCUUUUGAAGUGACGUGUCAGCAGCGUAAACAAAAUGUUAAAACACAAAAUGGAACUGAAAUCAAUGGUGUUUUAUGAUUUCCUGGGACUGAAUAAAUAUGAAGUGCUCAAAGUUGCACGAGAAAAAAUAUUUUAUUGCAUCACAUGAAAUAGUUUAACAUGUCUCCGGUGAAAUACUGAGCAUGCCACUUACUUUAGACUUGAGUACAGUUUGCACAUGCCAGCCACUGUAAAUGUCCGAGCUGAAUAUUAAAAGGAUGGUCCCUGGAAGCUCAUUGGAACGACACUUGAUGCAGUCGAGAGCUCAGGAAGAAGGCAGUGUAAUUUGGAGGAAACUGAACUAAGCAGUGUUUACAUGGGGCUGCAUUUCCAUGACAGUGAGGAGGAAAAUAAUCAUUGCUUUAUAUUGGAGUUAGGCAAAGGAGGCAAGUACUUGACAAACUAGUUUGCAUAUUCAUGAAAGAGCCGUGUGGGAGUGCUGUGUCUCAAGUGACAAAAAAGGAAAUCAAGUGUCCAUAUCCUGAGUCUAUCAUAAUGCCCAUAAUCUACAAAAAUAAAAAAUAUAUAUUUCGAUUCUGUUUUUCAAACCGUGCCUUCAGAGAAAUCUUCAAAUUUCAAACAUGCAGGUUUAUAGUCAUUUUAAUUAAACAAAGAACAUUCACGCUGCAAGACCAUGCCCAUGACCAGGUAUCCUGACAUAUAUAUAUAGACACAAAAGAUGCAAAGAAGGCACAUGAGGAACAUUUCCAUUUUUUUUUGCAAAGAGUCUCACAUGCAUGGUACAAAUCAAAAGACUAAGAUAGAUAAAUGUCUUUACGUUCAAACAGAAGACUAGUAAUGGUGUCUUCAUUUGAAUCAAACCCGUGCAAUGCCCGUUUGAUAUUCCUGAGCUACUGCCAAACUUGACCGAUCAGAGACGUGCUUCCUCUUCUGAGUCACUGCUGUCGUCCAAAGGUUCGGCUUCUUCUGCUCCAAACUCGUCUUCCUCUUCUUGGAAGUGACUCCGCUGCCCCUCCAAUCCCAAAAACCGCUUCAGCAACGUAGCCACAGCCUCCACGUCACUGACACCAAAAAAUGCAUUAUGGUUUGCAGUAAUGCUCAGAAAACAUACAACACAUUGGAUUCAGUGCAUGAAUUGGUGUUUAAUGAGAUACUGUUUCACAGUCAUAAGUAGGAAACCAGGCACUAAAGCAGUACCAACCAUUGUCAUGUCUGUACUAGCUGCAGGUGUUUGUUUUUGACAAGUGUAAAUGGUCUUCAGUCAGUUUCUCUAAUUAUGCAAUGUAAUGGCAAAACCAAUAAUACCUUCUUCCUCCUAGUGUGGCACUCUGAGUAAGGGGGUAGGAAAACCCCGUAGCCAACCGCAGCAUCAGCAAGUAGCCUUUCCCCAAAUAUCGCACCUUUUCCUCCUGCACACAAAUGUCCCGCAGAUGUCUCAGGUCCAACACCACUGUGUGAGAGUAAAUAAAGAAAGAGAUUGGUUAGGUAAAUCCAAACACAAGCAGCACACAUACUCCAGCACUACAGACCUUUUUCCUGCCCUUUUUUCCACAAUGUCAGAACUAGAGUGUAGAGACUGAAUGUCUUCAGUUCAAUCAUGUUUUUGGUUUUGUCAAACACUGCCUCUUCCCAUUCUUCCAUGUUCUGCAUCGCCACAAACAGACAGCCUGUCACGUAGAAAAGCUUCCACAACAAACUGUCUGUGUUGUGGAAAAAAAAGUGAUAUUGUGAUGUUGUAAUGAUGAAAAUCCUAUUGAUUUACAACACAUUUUUGUUACCUGAGCUGUAGUAGGCAGCUGCCAACCCGACAGAUACAACGCCUGGAAAUAAACGGAGGCAAAUUGAAAUAAUCACAUUGAUGUCUGUCACUUUAGUAGUCACAAAGGAACCAGUGAAUGCAUGCACGAAAUCAGAGAAUUACACUAACCGACAAGAAGAGACCAGGAACGUACACCAGGCGAUCUUUUCAAGUGCAAUAUUGAAGAGCUGUGCUCCUCUACGGUCAUGUAACCCAUCUGAAAAGAAGCUUUAUUGUCAAUCAAUCCAAUUGUUUUAACUUUAAUAUCUACAUUUAUAGUUGUUCCACAAAUUGACAUUUCACAACACAAUGUGGGAGGAAAUCCACAGUCAGACUCUUAAUUCAAAAUAUAUUAAAAAUUACCCCAGCAAAUUGAAUACAUAAAAAUAACUGGAAAAAAGUAAUAAUAAUAAAUUCAGAUUACCUACAACAAAAAUAGUUGUUAAGGGUUAGAGAGAUAAUACAGACACAAAAAUGAAUUAACUUAAUA